UGGGACACUAGUGCGUUACACCGACACGGUGUAGGCUCUGUUUAAGUUAGGUCUAACCUAAGGGGAUGUUGUAAAGACUCCAUAUGACACUCUUAUUAAAUAGAGCAAGGGAAGUUGUUGUAUGUUUGUAUAAUUGAAACCUUGUUGAAGUUCUCGUUACUUUGAAUACCCAAGGGUUUCCCGCUGGCAAAGACGCGAGGAGAAGGCACUUUCGCAUCAUGGCGGAUUCAAGUGAGCCGGUUGAAUCGAAUUGGUCGUUUAGAUCAAGGAUUGACGAGGAAUUGGAGUUUUACACGGAUAUGGCAUUGCAUGAAACACAGAGGUGGAUCGAGGCUGUUACAAGAAAGAAGUUUGCUUAUCCAGAUGAUCCCAGGAAGUCCUUAGAAAAUGGAGUACUUCUUUGCGAGUUACUGAAUUGUCUUCGUCCAGGGAGUGUGAGGCGUAUCAACCGGUUGCCAACGCCCAUCGCUGGUAUUGACAACUUGAACGUGUUCUUGGAAGCUUGUGAAGAACAAGUUGGACUGAAAAAUUCACAACUCUUCAACCCCAGUGAGCUUCAAGAUUUGUCCACAAGAGCAAUUGCUGAUACGGACCAAAUCAAGCAAGAGAUAGAAAAAAGAUUGAGAAGCGUUGCAAUAACAGUCUAUUGGCUGGGGAAGACAGUUGAGGGAACUUACAAUGGCCCUCAGUUAGACUUCAGCGCAUUUACUGGAUUGAUCAAGAACCAAGGGACAGGAAGUCUUUUUGAGCACACGCCACGAGCACACACACGACAAGAUUCGGCAGACUCCUAUGAACAUUCGAGUGCGUAUGGGUCAUACAGAAGCGAGGAUGUGAAUCACAAGACCAGUACACCUGGUCACCAUAGUAACACGUCAUACGAUUCAGUGGAACAGCCACGUUUUCUGCAGGAUAUUAGUACAGGCAGUGGCCACCAUCAAAGGGAGAAUUCGUACGACUCCUUCGGAUCAUUCGAUCGCCAUAACUCAGACGAUAAUAGUUUUGAAAACAUGCCAGUGCGAAACAAUAUGCAGCAUUACGGAAGCGCAGGUAAUCUCAGCCAUUCAGGACAGCUACGCUAUUCUGCGACACUGGACGGGCUUUACUCCGAUGAAGUUCCCUCAAUGCAACAGAAAGCAAGUAAGUUCGAUGUUCACCACAGGAGUAACCCUGACCUAACCAAGACAUACACGUUUGGAUUGCCUGCGGAACACCAGGGCAGAUACAGAUCUGGAAGCACACAAAACAUACACCACCAGAGGUUCUCUUCCACAGACAGUCUCGAUGGAAAUUCUUACGGAAAUCAUUCGCGCCAAUCAUCUGGAAGUAGCGAGAAUGCUUUCUCAAAAAGUGUGCGACGGACUAGCACGGCAAAUCUUCCAUACGAUCCUUUGCAGUUCAUUAAAGUUGGGAAAGCUCCUCUGGCUGAGGAAGCCAAGGAGACUAUCACUCUUGUUAAAGAAGUAAAAGAAUUGAAAAAGAAAAUUGAACAUGAGGAUGAGGACUGGCAAUCGGUAGGUGAAGCUGACUGGCAUGCGAAUCUGUCCAGUUGGAAGCAGCGGAGGCGAAGCAAGUCAUCACACUCGUACCAAGUGAAGGAGGACUUAGACAACAUGUUCCAAGAGGAGGAACCCAAAUCUGGCCGAGGCAUAAAAUCUUUUGCAGAAAUGAGAAAAGAAAGGGAGGCUAGAAGAAGUUUUAACUAUUUCCCAUAUAAUGAUGGAGAUGAAGAUGAAAAUGUAUUUUCCAAUAUACCAAAAAGAGAGGAUAGGACUGAGAAGUUGGACUGGAGGAAAGAAAAGUCAAAAUCCAUGGAUUUAAGCUCCUACAAGCAAGACAAAAAAUCAGAGGAAAAGGAAGAUAGAGGCAGUAAGCUUGCUAAUCUUCGAAGUCGAUACGAAGAUCUCGAUUCUGCCAAAAUGCCUCCUCCCAGGAGCCCUCCUAAACCUGCCCCUAGGAAGCCCAAGCAAGAGCCCAUAAUACCAGUGGAAGACGUCAUUGUUGAAUCAAAUCACAAACACAGCCAUGAUGGCAGCCAUUCUGAAUCCAGCACUGACGUCGAAGCUCAGAACAAACGGAACAAGGCAACCGAGAGAGAGAUCAUCCCAACCAGCACAGCUUCGCUACAGAUGGUGCCAAAGAAGCAGACUGAAGAAGAGGAGGAAGAAGAAACAGAGGAAUCAGAGGAGGAAGAGAGUGAAGAUGAAAAGGACAAAUCAAAACCUUUGUCUCAACCAUUCAGACCUUUUGUUUCCAGUAACAGUAGGGGAUCUUUACAUGGCAUGGUUGAAGAGAAAGUAACCAUUGUAAAACAGACGGAGAGAGAAACCACGUUUGGUUUCACGUUGAAAGGGGGGCGUGACCAGUGUGCGCCGUUGGUUGUGGACACGGUGAAUGUUGGGUCCAGUGCUGAUGUGUGUGGGCUUGAUGAAGGAGAUGAAGUGAUAAGUGUAAAUGGAGAUGAAGUAGCUGAACUGUUUCGAGGAUCAGUAAUGCUAAAAGUAAACCAGUCAUUAAAGAAAGGAAAAGUUGAAAUUAUUGUGAGACGAACAAAAGAAGCCUCACUGAAGAUAAAUGCCAGAUUACCUCUCAAAGAGCCAGAAGCAGUGUCAAAUAAACUGGUGGAUUACGACUCAGAGUCAGACAGUGAAAAGAAGACAGAGAAGGAAACCGCAGCGCCGCAAGUGGAGGAGCAGCAAGUACAGACACAGGUACAACCAGUAGAGAAUGGUCUGUCCAGUCCUCCUAGUACUGACACUUUCACUUCUGAGGAUGAGAAACAGAGAGAGAAAGAUGCUGAAGUAACAAGAAUCAAAAAAGAAAAUAUCAAGCGCAGGUCUGACUUUUUGGGACUUGAAAAAGAUACAGUUGAUUCUGGUGCUAAACCCCUUACUAGUACAUGGCCUCCCAAAAUGGAGGUUAGCCAAACAAUACAGCUCCAGAAACCUGCUCAAAAUCCACCCCAGACCUCCCAUGAGGUACAGGCCACAGUUGGAAAGGAAUUCUCCUUCCAAGUUCAAGAGGACAAAAGUAAAGACAUUGAGGCAAAAGAGCGAGAAAUCAUUGAAAAUUUAGAGAGGGAGGAACAGCUGAAGAAUAUUAACAAAAGUGCUAGUCUUCCUGCGCAUGCUCGCGCAAUGAGCAUGGAACAUUUAAGGUCUGUGGGGACCACUAGUAAGGAGAUUGAAAUAGAGAGCCGGGUUGCGAAAGACUUUGAGUCUGCUCUUCAGCAGCAACCUAGAAAAAGUGCUUCGUUGAAUCGGCGCAGCUUCUUUAGCAUAGAUGAAGAAAGAAAGCGUAUGGAGGAAUGGGGUAAAGAACAGGAGAGGCGCAGACAGCCUUCUCAUAGACCUUUCCUCCAGAAGGCAAACACUGUGGCUAGUUUGAAGGAACAAUAUGAACGUGAGCAGCAGCAGUUACAGGAACAGUACAAAAAAGACCAGCAGAGAGCACAGGAGCUGAAGAUUAAUCUGGUACAGCCUCAACAACAAAAACAACAGGAGAAAAAGUCUACUCCAUUGAGUGUAGAAGCAAAGCCACCUCAACAAACUAGUAAUUUUGCUCCGUACCAGUGGACUAUUAGAGCACAACAGCAGCAGCCUGUAGAAUCUGAGAAGGACAGAAAUCUCAAAGAAGAAGAAGAAAAGAGAAAAGUGCAAGAAGAACAAGAAAGAUUAGACAGAGAGCUGAAGGAGAGACAAAAGGAAGAAGAAGAAGAAAAAAUGCGUCUGUACAACUUGGAAAACCAGCGGCGUGAAGAAGAGAGACGUCAAGAAGAAAUGGAAAGAAAGAAACAAGAAGAGCUUGAAAUUCAGAAAUUGAAAGAUAGAGAAGAUCAACUGAAAAUGAUGGAAGAACGUUUAAGACAAGAGCAAGAAAAGCUGAGAAUGGAAGCAGAGAGGUUACGCAGGGAGAAGUCAGACAGACAAAAACAAUGGGACGAACAAGAGGAAGAUCAAACGACACAGGAACAAGAACCUGUACAAAGACCACAGCAGCCCAAGUUAGCAUCAGCAGCUCCGUGGCAGGAACCACCGAAAAAGUUCAGUCCAGUCUCCUUCAAAAAGGAUUCUUAUGUGAACUAUCCCAAGCCAUUUUCACGAAGUCCUGACCACCAAGAGGUUCACAGGUCCAGCUGGGAGCAACCUGCCCCAAACUUUUUAGACAACAGAGGUCCAUUUGAGAGAAACCAAGGUCAUCCAGAAGAGCCAAUAGAAGAGAAGCCCGUUGCCAGGGUGAUGACUCCCCCACAGAAACACCAAGCAGCUGUGAUAAGCCCAGAGCAGCGUCUGCAUCAGUUGGUUCACACUGAAGAUAAUGAGGAGGUCCCUCAGCCCAAGACAUUCAGCCAGCAACUUCAGCAGCCAAAACCAAGUAAACUGGAGCCAGUGAUGACCAGAGAAGAUGUGCUGAAAAUGUCAAGAAAUCCCGCUCCUACAUGGAGGCCUUCACAACCAGAGCAGACGACAGUAGAGGGCGUUCAUAAGCCUGUGGCUGUGAAGUCUCAAGAUGAGGAUCCAAAGAAGAACAGGCCUAACAUAAAUGCUGUGCCUAAGACUCGAUUGCUUAAAAGUGAUGGUUGGAUUUUGUCAGAGGAUGAGAGACAGAAAAAACAGAAACGCAGGUCAGAGAUUAUGCGUAAACAAGGGUUUAACCCACAGGAACACUGGGUUGUGCAAGAGGCAGAAAGACGAAGACUAGCAGAACAAAAUGAGCGUGAGAGACUGCAAAAGCUCCAAAGUCGCCACUCUGCUCAAGGGCCAUCUAAUGCAGCACACAAUAAAAUCGAUCAGGAACCAUUUCAAACACGCGAUGACUCUCAGAAAAACUGGAAUUCACUUCACUCUGAGCAACCACAACCUAAGAGAGACGCCUCUCCUCCAUUAAAACCCAUACCUGAUAGUAUCAAGCAGUCUCUUAUGGAUAGGGUCAGUUCAACAGAGAGAAUCUCUCCCCCUCGAAGUCCGACACGCCCCACCCCACAGCCAGCUCAUCAUCAUCUUCAACAGCCAGAGACUUCGCAGACAUUCAGGAGUCCUCUCAUCCAGAUCCAGCCUCAGCAGUCGAAGCCAGCAUACCAGCAGCAGAGGUGGGACAGCCAAGACGCUCCCUCCAUCACAUCAGGACCACAGCCAAUGAGCUCCAGACAGCCACCCACCCCUGAGAAAGAACCCCCACCCCCACCUGCCAAACCCCCCAGGUCUGCCCCUGGGAAAGAAUCCAGAAAGGAGCCAGUUGACCCGUCUGUUUUAUCAGUCAGCGGGAAACAGAAGUGUUCUCACUGCAACAAGGAACUAGGACGGGGUGCCGCCAUGGUGAUAGAGUCCCUCAACUUGUUCUACCACGUACAGUGUUUCCGCUGCUGUGUAUGCCACGCGGCACUGGGUAACGGGUCCACGGGUGCCGAUGUAAGAGUGCGAGUUUCCAAGCUACAUUGUAAAAAUUGCUACAGCAACGACGAAGGUAUCUCUUUUUUGGGGACGUUUUGAAGUCCGUCUCCUCCUUAGCGCCCAGGCCUUAUACUACGUGGGGUGGAAGCUGGCCUUAAAUACAGUGCUGUGUGAAAGAAUGUGCUCUCAAAUCUCACCUAACACAAUAUGGAACCAUGUUGAGACAAACAAUUAUGUACUGAAGAUCAUCUGAAGUUCAUCUGGUGCAAUGUCGACUUAAAAAAUUUUUAAGUACCAUGUCUCACCUUACUUGAUAUGGAACUGGGAUGAGAUAAAAGUCCAUUGUGCUCACAGAGCUCACCUAACACAUCUUGAGCAAAAGAAGGAAUCUGAGUCUUUAUAACCAGCUUUAUGUACAAGGCAACAAUCAGCACAGUUAUCAAUACAUUAUUAUUAUAGGAAUGUAUACUGCUUUUAAGAACCUCAAAGGACCAAACUGGAAUUGUAAUAUACUUGUAAUGCACUGGUGUUGUAGGGAUUGGGCAUGGUGAACAGUAUUGGUUAAAUACUGGUGUGAGCGAGAUUAAUAAUUAUGAUGAUAUAUUUAACAUGUCAUGAUUAACUUAAUAAUUUGAUUAAUCCAUCACUGGGUUAUGGUAGUAAGAGCUGAUAUAGUAGUUCUAAAAGGACGACAUAAGUAUUUGUUGUUCACAAUAUUUGCUGUUAUCAUGGAUUACAUUAUUAAGUCACAAUUUGAAGGUUUUAUUUGGUCGUUGCAAAAUGCAAUCUAGAGAAAGUUAUUCAAAGAAGUUUGUUUUUGUGACUGCACUUCCGUUUACAUAAAAAAAUGAGGAGAUUGAAUUUAUCAAAUGUAAACUUAAUGAACAAAUACAUGUGUAGUUGUGAUGGUAUAUGUCGUACAUCAUUGAUAAAAUCUAGUUAUUGAACUUUGGAAACUUUUCAUUUGACCAUGGAAAACUAUGCACAAGAAGCCGGUUUCUGGACUGUUAUACGUUAAAUGUAUAUAAUUGUAUCACACUCCUAUAGCAAAAGAGCAAACAAAAUAAUGGGUAGAUGGUUGUGACAUAGACUAUACUUAUAUACACUAUAUUCAGCUUUGUAAAUGAAUAUGAAGCAAUAGCUUGGUUUGCUGAUGUUCAGAGAAUUUGCAGCUUUACCAUUUAACAUUAAUAGCAAUAAGACAAACAAUAGUUCUUUUAAUUGUACACACUGGUUUAAAUGUUGAGCCCUGAUUGUUGACAUAUUUUGUAUGCCAAAAAUAUCCUUAUGCUAUUCAGAAAAUAUCUUUAGAGAAACUUUACAUCCAAAUGAGAACCGGAAAAAUUUAAAUAGUGUCAGUUUUAAUUACUAGGUUGAACUUUGCAUUCAAGGGAAAUGCAAUAUAUACCACAGAUUAUUGGAAUACUACUAUUAUUUGGAUGCUCUUAGAUGUGUCUUCAUAAUUAAGACUGACACGUUCAAAAAGCUCUGCCUGUUUCAUGAAAUGAUGUUUAGCAGCCAAAAUCGUAGAGGUCUUCUCUUGAAUCACAUAUUCCCCAAAACAGUAAAAUCCAUGGAAUACAAUUUGUAUUAACAUAAGAUUGAUCCAUAUAUAUGUCUUGUCAUAUUUGCAUGUAUUUAUAAACCCAACCAUAUUUUGAGAGGCCUUUUGUUUUAUUUUAUUUUAUUAUUAUUAUUUAUUAUUGUUAUUAUCUUUUUGCUUGGACCCCAGACUAUUUAAUAGCUUCAACUAUGUGAAGACCAGCAUUAUAAGCACAUGAUCCUUUAAAAGGGUUUACACAACAAAUGAUUCUUUUGUUAACUGUCCCAUUGCUUGAGUAUAGGUUUGUUUAUUUGACUCUGCAGUAUUCUUGUUUUACCUUUAUAUUUAUUUCUGGUCCUGUAUAUAGUUCUUGUCAAACGACACUAAAUGCUAAUGUACAGUCUAUGUAAAUUUUCAUUUGUUACAUACUGUUAUACAUUCAUAUAUAUAUAUAUCUAUAUACAUAUAUAUAUAUACAUACAAUGGUGUGUGCUUUAACAUUGCUGUAGCUAAUCUUAAAUUUAUUAUGUACCUUAUUUUUUAUGCAGCUGCACUUUUUUCCAUGAAAUAUACAAAAUAUUUUGCCACAGUAGACUGAAGGAAGAUCAGAUAGUAUUGUCAGAUGUCACGGCACUGGUAAUGAAAACUGGUUUACCAAAGUAGAACAGAAAGUUAUGUGCACCACAAGGUAGUAAAAAGCCCAGACAUUUAGUUGUUAAGGUCCAAAAGUUAUUUAUCAUAAUCAUUUAUUUGCUUUGCAGAAAGCAUUUUUUCAUUAAUGAAUAUCUGAAUAUCACUAAAAAAGGAAAUAAAUUGGUGGUGUCUUUGAAAGCUGUUUAGGAAAAUCUGUCAAUUUAAGAUCCAUUGGAAUAAAAUGCAGAAGCAGUAGUCGUGAAUUUUGGAGAAAAGGCCUAAAUGGUAAAGGAUGUCGAUGAUUACAUAUAAAUGUUGUGAGAUGGGUUUGUUAUUGGCUAAAAUAAAGUUAGCAACUUGGUAGGGCAUGUCACUGGUUUUACUUGCCAAGAUUUGUUAGUUGUCACCAAACUUAUGGACAUAAUAUAUGACAAAGCCACAGGUCCAUAGGCAUAUGGAAAGUUAUAAAUUGGUGGGGAAGUUGAAAGGGGUAUGUGAGGGUGUUCCAGUUUCCUCCCUCUCUCCCCCCACCUCUGCCUUUGAAAUGAAAACAAGAUUACUCUCAUGUAAUUUUGUUAUACUUCACUAAGGUUACACUGCCAUAUUUUGUUAAGAAUAAGAAUUCUUUGCCAAUUCACCAGUAAGAUGCAUUUUGAACCAGUGAAUUGAUGUUAGUGGUUUUAAUGUUAAAUACAAUGACAUGUUAUUGCACAGUUGGUACUAAGCAGUAGUUGUUAAGAGAACUAGAAACACCUGUGGCAGAAUUCAAAUAAGGGGUAACCUAAAACAUACCUGUGAUCUGACUCAAGCUAAACAUCACCUGUAGAGUUAAAGCAAUUUAUCAUGAAAGGGAUUUAAUACAAGUACAGGAGCAAGUGUUUUCUUCUAAUAAAAUCAUGAUAAAUUAAAGAUGUCAGUACUUAAUAAUGGAUUAUCUGUGGCACGGGUAAUAACAUUUUGUCAUCUUAUUUUGUAUAAUUUGCAUGGGCUACAGAUUGUAUUUGACAGAUAUCUAUAGCUUUACACUGUGAAUCAUGAUAAACAUGCAAAAAGCUUAAAACCAUUAUUAAUAUGCCAACUUGGAGUGUAUAUUUUUGUCUAUUGGGCAUAAAUAAAUAUGCUAUAUAAUGCUGUUAAU